UUUACUGCUAAGAUGAAAUGCAGAAAUGAAACCACACAUCCGUUUUAGUAUUCUCAGAUGUGAUUAGAUGUACUUUCUCAUGUUUUUAUGCCACUGACUUAUAAGGAAAAAAUAUUUUAAAAGGGUCACAGUUAAGCAGCUAGGACCUGCAACCUCAGUGUUUCUGGGACGAACUGGAAGAUCACAAGGAGAAAUUCUAUUACACCAUAAUCAUACCUCAGCUGAGUCCUCAGCUUAGACUCAUACGCAUUUCCUUCAUCGGCAGUCGUCACCAGACGCUUUACGUCGUAGGAUGGCGGACAGUCUACCCACAGAGUUUGAUGUGGUUAUAAUAGGGACAGGUUUGCCUGAAUCCAUCCUUGCAGCUGCAUGUUCAAGAAGUGGUCAGAGGGUUCUGCAUAUUGACUCAAGAAGUUACUAUGGAGGAAACUGGGCUAGUUUCAGCUUUUCAGGAUUGCUAUCCUGGUUGAAGGAGUAUCAGCAAAACAGUGAUGUUGGGGAAGAAAGUACUGCUGCGUGGCAAGAACUGAUCCACGAAACAGAAGAAGCCAUCCCUCUUCGCAAGAAGGAUGAAACCAUUCAACACACAGAAGUUUUUUGUUAUGCCAGUCAGGAUGUGGAGGACAAUGUUGAAGAGAUUGGUGCUCUGCAGAAAAGUCCUUCCUCAGUGGCAUCUAGUACCUUCACUGAAUUUCUGGAUUCUGCAUCCUUACCUGAAGAAAAGCACUCAUCAUAUUUUACUGGCCUCGAAAUGCCUGCCAAGCACCCUCAGAAAAGUGAUGAAGAGAUUGCACUAGAAGUAACUGAUGUAGAGGAAUCGCUGGAGGAAGGAAAGGACUGCGGAGCUAAAAGUUGUAUACAUACUAUUUCAGAGGAAGAUAAAGAUGUAAACAAACCUAUAGUAGAAGAUAACACUGAUCAGCCAAAGAAAAAUAGGAUUACUUACUCUCAAAUAGUUAAAGAAGGCCGGAGGUUUAACAUUGAUUUGGUAUCAAAGCUGCUAUAUUCUCAAGGAUUGCUAAUUGAUCUUUUAAUCAAAUCAAAUGUUAGUCGUUAUGCAGAGUUUAAAAAUGUCACUAGGAUUCUUGCAUUUCGGGAAGGAAAGGUAGAACAGGUGCCUUGUUCCAGAGCAGACGUCUUUAAUAGCAAGGAACUCACAAUGGUAGAAAAGAGGAUGCUAAUGAAAUUUCUCACAUUUUGUUUAGACUAUGAACACCAUCCUGAUGAAUAUGAAGCUUUCAAGCAAUGUUCAUUUUCAGAGUACUUAAAAACUAAAAAAUUAACUCCUAACCUCCAGCAUUUUGUACUGCACUCAAUUGCAAUGACAUCAGAAUCAUCUUGCACUACAGUUGAUGGCCUUAAAGCAACAAAAAACUUCCUUCAGUGUCUUGGACGGUUUGGUAACACUCCCUUUUUAUUUCCUUUAUAUGGCCAAGGAGAAAUUCCCCAGUGUUUCUGCAGGAUGUGUGCAGUUUUUGGUGGAAUUUAUUGUCUUCGCCAUAAAGUACAAUGUUUUGUAGUUGACAAAGAAUCUGGAAGAUGUAAAGCAAUCAUAGAUCACUUUGGUCAAAGAAUAAAUGCUAAAUAUUUUAUUGUAGAGGAUAGUUACCUUUCUGAGGACACCUGCUCAAAUGUGCAAUAUAAGCAGAUCUCUAGGGCAGUGCUCAUUACAGAUCAGUCUGUGCUAAAAACAGAUUCAGAUCAGCAGAUUUCCAUUUUGAUAGUGCCUCCAGCAGAACCAGGAACUUGUGCCGUUCGGGUCACAGAAUUAUGUUCUUCAACCAUGACAUGCAUGAAAGACACUUAUCUGGUACAUCUGACAUGUUCCUCUUCUAAAACAGCAAGAGAAGACUUAGAAUCAGUGGUGAAGAAAUUAUUCACACCCUAUGCUGAAGCAGAAAUAGACAAGGAAGAACUUACAAAACCAAGAGUCUUGUGGGCUCUUUAUUUUAAUAUGAGAGAUUCCUCAGGAAUCAGCCGAAGCUCAUAUGACGGUUUACCUUCCAAUGUUUAUGUCUGCUCUGGGCCUGAUGGUGGCCUGGGAAACGAGCAUGCAGUUAAGCAAGCCGAAACACUUUUCCGGGAGAUCUUUCCAAACGAAGAGUUCUGCCCCCCACCUCCAAAUCCAGAGGACAUUAUCUUUGAAGGUGAUGAUAAGCAAUCAGACACUCCUGGAACCAAUAAUCUAAUAAUGGCCAAGCUAGAAUCCUCCGAGGACAGCAAAAACCAAGACAGCCCAGAGAAGCACCUUCAAAAUUAGAAAAAAACAAACUGGAAAUGCUACUUUGGGCCUUCAUCCUGGCAUCUGAAUAUUCUCAUUUAAAGGACAGUAUCCCGUAUGACUAAUUAGAAGUGGUUGUAUGAUGAAUUCUAUGCAGAUGUUGUCUUUAACUCUCUUUGAGCCAUUCAGCAUUGGAUGUCUUUGUUAACCUGUCGGUUAGCUGAUUCAUUGAUUAUUGGACGCUUUGUUUCAGAAUGGACUCCAUGAUCCAGAAUCUUAAAACAGAAUUAGCUUUAUUUUAGUAUUGGGUAUAUAUGUGAGGAUUCCAUAUUAGCAACUUUGCUUAAAGGAAGAUAAUACUGUAUCUGCUAACUAUCUUCAGAUUUUAUUAUUGUCUACAGAAUAAUUAAUAUCUAAGGAAUAUUACUUUUUCAACUAUUAGAAUUGCUACCACCUCUGAAUAGUGAAACACACACAAAUAGUAAGUUAUGUGUGUCUUCUGUAUACAAUAUAAACAUGUAGUCAUGGUGGUAGGAAUAGCAACUAAUACAAGUGCCAAUAUAAUAAAAUACAUUUAUAGAUUAAAAGAUUGUUAAAAGACUAGCUUUGCACGAUCCUUUAUUCUUUGUGAAAGUUGAUGUUUAUAAUACAUUUCGCAGUUUAACUCACCUACAUGACCCUUGUAACCGAUGACGCAAUGACACCUCCACCAUCUUGCACUUUACCACAAGAGUUGGAGUUCAGUUAGUAGUUAAAAAUCUCAUUUGGGGCAGUUUUGUGCCAAAGAAAGUCUAAGGGGUAAGAUUUAUUUUCUGUUAAUACUUCACCUAAAAGGAAAGAACUUCCAACAAGUAACUCAGGCCAAAAGGAAAAAUAAAGUGCCCCAGGCAAAGAUACUUCAGAAUGACUGUUGUGAAAUUCCUAAGGAGAAACUGAGUGAGGAAUUUUUAACCUGGAAUUACAGAUGGUUUUAAAACCCUUUCUGAAUAGAUUAUCCAGGUCUCUCAGGACGAAACAUAUGUUGGCUCUACCACUGUAGUUAGUGGCAUUAACUACAACUGAUAGGAGUGAAUCAAAGUGGGGUUUACUAUGUCCCUUUGGUUGUGUCCCAGCCCACAACUACUGAGGUAACAGCCUUCAUAAUCACUUCCACCUGUUGGCUGUCUAUCGUUUUUAUUGAAACCCAGCCUGCUCCAGAACAAAUACUUCUGAACCUCUUGGCUCUUUAAUCUAGAAGGUAAAAAAUUUUUUCUCCCAGAACCAUCAGCAGUCAUAAAACUGGUUGUACUCCACUGGUGAAAACCUGUGGAGCCAUCAGAAGAGCUGAACUUCCUCUUCCUGUAGUUCUGUUUCCAUUUUCAGACAGAGAAUGACGAAGCCCUUCAUGACGGCUUUUGCCCGGUAACACAGUAUUUAUUAUGUGCACUUAAUGUUGUGCUUUCUUUUUACAGUUUCUCAACAAUCUUGUGAGACAGAUACACACUUUCUAAAAGGAAUAGAGAAUUAUUAAUAAUCUGCUCAGAGUCUGUUGUGUGGAAGAGCCAACAUUAGAACCCAGGCUUUCAUGAUUCUAAAACCCUUGAUAUUUCCUCUUAUGUUCACUGUUAGAAGAGUAUAGACGCUGUCGGAGAAGGGAAAAGUGCCCGUGAAAAUCAGUCUAGCAGUGCUGGGGAAGAAGAGCAGACAGUGGUCUUGCAGCUUGAUAACAAAUUGGAGAAAUGUGAAUAUUAAAAUUAAUUAAAAACAUAUUUUAGAGCAUGGAUCUCAUUGAAGCAGAAUUUGGCUGAGUUUUAACAAAAUAAUGCUCUUCAUUAACAUCUGUUGAUCUGAAGAUUGAAUUACAAAAAAACAAAUGUUUCUAGGCCAAACUAUGUUCUGAAUGUAGUCUUUGUUGCUCUUCUAAAAGUGAAAAAAAAGAAAAGACAGAUUUAGGUAAUUGACAGCUUAAAGUAGAAAAGUUGUAUAUUGGUAUUAAUAUUGACUUUUCUGAAUAUAGUAAAGUGGGAGGAUCCUAGUUUAACUCUGUCAAAACAACUGAAAUGCCUGAAAUAGACCUAUAAAAUGUUAAAAUGAAAAGAAAUUAAGAUGAUAAAUAAAAUAGUGUUGAUGGUAAUCUAGAUCUACUGAAAGGCUUCCCAGUAUCACCAAUAUUUAUAAGUCAUUGAGGAAAGAAGCUAACGGUGGUUUAGCUUCAUGUAGUGGAAAUAGGGAAAAAAGUGACAGGCUGGCCCAAAAUAAGUGUUGGUUUAAAAACCAAGAAAAUGAAAAUAUUAUUUUCUUAAAUGCAAAAUGGGAAAUGAUUACAACCAAUAAAAAGCACUUAAAAAUUUAGGGAUAUUGUAACCUUGUAUAAUUUUUUUUACAAGUUGGAAUUUGACCCUAAUGGGCUUAUUGGUGAACUUUUUUAAAUGUUUAAAGAAUAAGUAAUAUCUAUGUAUCAUGAAAGACAAUAUGCUUCUAAUUGCAUUUUGAGGCAAAUAUUGCCUCAGUACUAAAAACCAAACAUUUUAAAAAGGGUCCCCACAGAGCAAAAUGCAAAACAAAAUAUUGGCAAACAGUACAGCAACAAAUAAAAAUGAUUACUGUCACUGAAGAUUAUGAGGCUGGUAUUCAACAGAACAACCAUUAAACAUCAACAGAACAAAAGUAAAAAUCCAAAACAUUAAUUACAGGUAACUUUUUAAAAAUUCAUCCUUCAUCUUUGAUUUAAUUACCUCUGGUGAUGAUUUCCUAGGUUUCUUGCAGUCUGAUGAAUAAUUAUUUAAAACCAAGAAGUAAUAUUAUUCCUAUUGGGAAAACAGGAAACAUGUCUUCUGCAAAACUAAACAAUGUUGGCAUCAUUUUUAUUUAUGUUGAAGAAACUUGUCAUUGCAAUAGAAACGGGCAUUCACAAAAUGAGGAAGAUAAAGCACAAACGUUUUCCAUUAAUGUGGCUUUAUGACUAGACCUAUAGUAUCACUUAAAUGUACUAACAAUAAAAGACUAAUUCAGGAAGUUAUAAGGAUAUACAAUUUUUAAAAAUUUUGUCUCUGGAUUAUAACAGUGACCAACUGCAAUUUGAAGUGUUCGGGUAUUAAUAAAGUUACACAACUGUAUUGGGAUAAAUUAAGAAAGAUGCCUAAAUAGAAAUAGGUUUAAGGAACUAAAUUUUAAAAAUCAGCAAACUGCUGGGAGAGUCAGCCAGGUGUAAUGGAAAAGUAGUAAAUGGGGAGUCCUCUGAAAACCAGAAUUACAGUCCUUGCUUCACUACUUCCCAGUGAUAUAGUUUUGGGAAAAUCACUCCCAGCUUCCAUUUCACAUCAAUGGAAUAGAAGUAAUACUUCACAGAGUAAUUUUGAGGAUUAACUUAGAUAACGUAUAUGAAAUCACAGCCAAAGGAGCACCAACAUGUGACAUUAGUAUGUAUUAACAGAUUUACUACAAUUCCAUUUAGCAUUCCAUCUGGAUGCUUUAUGUAAUUUGAGAUAAUUGUGAUAAAUUAUUUAGGAAAGUAAGCCAACAAAGAUAGAUGUAUGUUUUUUUCAACUUAGAGGAAAAAAUGGAGACUUGCCCUUCAAUUCCUUAAAACAUGCUGUUAAGCAACUUUUCUAAAUA